GCCGAGCAAGGAGAAAAACAUAAGCGGAGACAAAACAAGAAAAGUUAAGGAAAAAACAUAAAAUAUUGACACAAAAUACUGCAUAAUCAUAAGCAUCUGAAACCGAAAUGAAAUUGUUUAAAGUACUAUUGGUCUUCCUAAUGUCGUUUGUUGUGAUAGUUUGUGCAUCAGACGAAAAAGAAGAUGAAGAAAUAUUGUCUGGAAUUAAAGAUGAUUGGAUUGAUCCACACAACAUGGUGGACGAUACACGGGUAGGAUCACAGGGCAGAUGGGAUAAGAAUGGUGUGGGAAACCACGAGUGGUUGGAUUUUAUGGGUGCCUGUAGAGAAAAGGAUUCUGAGACUGCGCUGAGAAGUGCUUUUUCAAAUAUUCAAGAUGAACUUCGAAGCUGCAAGAAGAAGCUAGAAGCUUCAUCAAGCUCCUCUUCCAAACAAGCUGAAGACAUACCCAUUGAGACUGCAUCCUGUGAUACACCGUACUUCAAACAACUUGUGCGAGUCAUACAUGAAGCCACUAGUAACUUAAAACCAUUCACUGAGAUUAAUCUGAGUGCAGAACAGCGUGAGAUAUUUAAAAAGUUUUUGAAUGAUGAAGCCAACAUUCAUGACGUGAAUACAAUUUUGUUAAACAGUAUCACUAACAGAACAAUGUCAGACUCAUUUAUAGACAAAUCUAAGGUUUUCUUUCAGUCAGUCCUAAAUACUGAAGCCCUCAUAUUUGUGAUAUUCCUUACAGUAUUGGUUAUGUUAUUCAUCAUUUUUCAAAUCAAAACAAGGUUAACAGCUUUGCAACAGCUCUCUUUCCUCCUGAUUAUGUUGUUCAUUAUCAGUAUUCCUUGGGAAUGGUGCAGGCUGUACAAGAAAGAAUUUGCCAAGAAACAGGGUAUCAUGAUGGAAACACUGCAGAAACACUGCAAGACAGACCAUGAGUUGGGUCCGAUUGAAUCUCUAAACUUGUUGUGGAAAAGUUCUUUUUCCACAGAUGAUAGUUCUUGUGCAAAAUACCAAGAAGCCUUGUUAGUGGAUGCUGUUUGGGAAGUUGCACCAUCCAUGGCUGUUUCAGUUACUAUCACUAGGUUUUUUGUUCAGCCUUUAGAGCACAUAGCAGAUGCAGUCGGCAAAAGCUUCAGAGCCUUGUUCCAACAUCUUCCCUUGCAGUGGCAGCCUCUUAUGUUUUUGGCAUGUUUAGUCAUCACUAUUCUUUUACUCAUCUGUGUAAGGGGUUUUCAUGUCAGCUCACCUUUUCUUCGCUUUGGAGUUGGAGGACAACCUGCAUUAAACAAUGAGCACCUAUUAAGGAUUGAGCAUCAAAUGCAGCAGAUGGCGGAAAAUAAAAAUGUACCUGCAAUCGAGAAUGUCAGAAAUGGUGACCAGGCAAUAAUCCAAGCGAUUCUUGAUAUCACAAGAGCAAUGAAUGAAAGGUCCCAGCAGCAUGAUACAUUGUUAAGAGAGAUCAGAAACAAAGUGCAAGACAUAAGACGUCACUGCCGUCAGGAAGAGGCUGUAGAGCAUCCAGAUUGGGAAUUAGUUGAGAACAAUCGUGCUCCAAUCCCAGUUUCAGAUCAGCAUGCAACAGAAAAUGGACCUGCUGUUUGAUUUCUGGCGGAGGUCAAAAAUUUUAUAAAAUUUGUUAAGUUAACAAACUGUACCCUCGACCUAGAAGAGGGGGUUUGGAGUGUCCAAGCAGUGUCCAGCUCAAAGAACACAGUAUUCUUAGUACUUUCUCCAAGAAAUGCCCUGAAAUUACAGACAGUUAGGGAAAAGGAAAGGUAUAUAUGUGGGAUGAUUCAGAUCUUUUCUGGAACUCUUCAUCGUAAAGUAAUGAAGUCAUUACCUGUUACUGCUGAAGACGUUUGUACCAUUGUAAAUAUGUAGUUUGUGCCACAGUGGAGUGCUAAAAGAUAGGAUAAAGUGUACAUAAACAUGGUACCAGUGUCAUGAUGUAGUUUAAAAUUUUAUCUUUACCCCAUGACGAUGAGAAAUCUGAUCAUUUUAGUACUGCAUGAAAGCACUGGACAGAUGGUUGCAGAAAAUGUAUAUAUUGGCAAAUAUGGACAAACUGAAAGGAAAAUACAUACACCAUUGUUUAAAUUGUCUAUAGUCCGGGCUAUAGAUCCCUUGCAUGUGACGUCAUAGCAGCUCAAUCUGGGGAACAAAGAAUUCCAAUCUCCUGAGAAUUGGAACCUAUUGUUUUGUCCCCCUCCCCCCCUUGACUGAGCUGCAUUCCGACGUGCUGCAAGGGGUCUAUUACUAUCUUGUAGACCUAAAUGUAUUGUCAGUUGCAUAGCAAAAUUCGAGGAAGAGAAGUUCUUACUAAAAUCACAGAACCCUAUCAACAAAAGUCAAUGAAAGGAACUUUUAAUUAUACUGAAAAUAUAAAAAAUAUAUAAAUUUUCUAUCAAAAUUUUAUGUCAAAAGUAAAAAAAACAAUAAAUUAUUGAAUGGAGUAUUAGGAUGGAGUGCAGACCCCUACCCACACACCCUCUGGUAGGGUAACCAACCAGAGAAUUAGAGUUACUUUUCAGCUGGAUUUCAAUCAGCUAAAUUAAAGUCUUUGAAUCUCA